CAUUGGCCUUUCACUCACACUUCCCCUUCUCUUCAGGCAAAGCAGAAGCACAGAAACACAGAGGGGUUUUAAAGUCUGCAGCCAUGACUGGUGCUGGCUUCAAUCUGUGGCAUCACAAGCAGCGAACACUUCCGGCACCAUGGAUCAGACUGACUCUUCUGUGAAUGGAGGUGUGCUCAUCGUCCACCAGCUCAAUGAAGGAAAGCACCAGUAUAAUGUGGAAAACGUCUACAAGAAACAGAUUGGGAAGAAAAUGUUUGUCAGGAGAGGAGACAGGCUGAUGCAGAUCAACGGUAUGGAUCUGCAGGAUCUCCCACCGGAGGAGUUGGCAGAGAUGUUAGCUGAGGAGAAUCCGAUUCUGAUGGUGCAUAAGCAGAAAAAGAAGGAGGAGCACAAGGAGCUGCCAUCCGAUGAUGACAACACUUUUUAUCCAGUUUCUAAGGAAUCCAGAAUGCUCAGUUUCUGCAUGGAGAUGAGGAGGGAGGAGGAGAAUGAAGUGGCAGACGAAAGGGAUAAAGGGUGUCCAGAGGGGGGUGCUGGUCAAGGUGAAAGUGAGGAGAACGGGGAGAAGAGGGACAUGCUCAUCGUUACCAUGACAAAAACCAGCAUCUCCGUAGUGGCAGGGCGGGGGUGCAGCUCCGUGAGUUCCUGUAAGGGAUGUGAUGGGAAAGGAUGUAACUUCAACGAUGUGGUCAUUGUGUCUGAGUCCAGCACAGUGACGCUUGUUCCAAGAGGAGGCAGCAAUUUCAUCGAGGUUCAGUCGUUGGACGCUUCAAUCAAGCAUGUGGCCACCCACAACUACCUGAGAACCCUGUGCUCACAGAAAUCCCUCUACACUUCACCUAAUCCAGAGAAUAUGACCAUCUACUACUACAAGUCAAACGUGUCUUUCAGAGGAAUACCAGUGGUUCUAAACAUGACCGGCUCCAGCUGCUUCCUCAGGUGCAUCAAGGAGGGAGAGAGGGUUUUUCUACAAGUGGAGACGUGUGAAAGACGCAGUCUGAGUCGGAUUUCCACGACUGAAGAGAGCAAACUGUCCUACCUCUUCUACAUGAUUUCUGACUCUACAGCACACACAAAGUUUGAGUCAGCGCUGCACCUCGGAUGGUUCAUCCAAAUCCUAAACCCGGAGUCAGCCGUGACAAUGAAAACCAUGGAUGGAGGCGAGCAGGAACACACAUUCUUCUUUAUUAUUCAAAAAUGAUGGGGACGUCUUUGUCUUCUCAGUCAAGUAAUUUACAGGAGACAUAUUAUUCUUUUUACAUGUUUCCUUUAUUGUUUUUUGGGGGAUGUAAAAGUUCUGCAAAGUCAAAAAGCCCAAAGUCUGCAUCAAAGGGAGCUCCCAGAAAAAACCCUGCUCCUUAAGCUCCUGAAGCUCCUGAAGCUCCUGAAGCUCCUGGAGCUCAGUAGUGUCAUGUGACAUCAUGACAUGCAACAUUUGCAUAAUCCCUGUUUAGCAGCUAGUCUGACAUACCCCCCAGAAAGUGGUUCACCAAUCAGAGCAGACUGGGCUUAAUUGGGAGGAGGGCCUUAAAGAGACAGCAGCUAAAACCAAGUGUUUCAGACAGAGGCUGAAAAGAGGAGCUGCAGCAAUCAACACUGUGAGACAGAGCAUUUUAUACCUCAAAUUAAAACUGUCAAUCUGAAUAUCAGAAUUAUAUGUCUCCUUUAAACAUAAUUUUUUUUUCUUGUGACUUGUAUUUGUGACUUGAAGGUGACAUUAGAAUAAAGACAAACAUUUGAGGAGCUCUUAUGUUUGAGCCACUGGUCCGGUAACAGAACCAAAUGUCAUUGUGUCAAAUUCUGUAAUUGCAGAGGUGCAUAGAUAUUAAUACAACUUAUAACUUACUUACAACUGUGGAAGGAAACUGAAUCUAUUUGUAUGUGUGUAUGUGUUUGGUCCAGACUUCAGCUACAUUUUUUGUUGUAGGGCAGUGUGUUGCUUAAAGUGAACUUUUUGUUUAUGUAACAAAAUAUUUAUAUAUGCAUAAAUAUAUUUAAACAGGCAAUGUGAUAAUCAUUGUAUUUAUUUAGUUGUUUCUAAUUAUAUCAUAUGAAGUAUAUACAUGAAUUCAAAUAGAAGCACAAACAUGAAUACAAUCUGAUUGUUGUCUUACCUCCACAACCAGGUGAACAUCACAACUACAUUUAAUUUGCAAUUUGAAAAGCAUUUUAUAGUAUUUCAAAAAUAAAUUCUUGUUCAACUGCCAUUAA